AUUGCGGAACUGCGGCGUGCAUUCUGACACUGGGGGGAACUGACUUGGUGUCACUGACAUCUCCAGUGACACCAAUACAGUGAUCGUGCUAAUAAAAAGCACUGACACUGUACUAAUGGCACUGGGUAGGAAGGGGUUAACAUGUGGGGAGAUCAAAGGGUUAACUUUAUUCUGUUUUACUGUGUGCUGUGUUAGUGCUUUCAACUGUAAGCACACUGCUUUGCAUGGCUCUGCUAUGCAAAGCAGUGUGCAGGAGCUGACAGAGGAGAGAACUGCAUUGUUUACAUACAGUUAUCUCCCUCCGUCGAAAUGCAAAAUC